UGCCGCGGCGGUGAAAAGCUCGCCGGGCUUGGACGCUUCGAGUCAAGCCAGUGACGCCGCGCACGUGCUCCCAAAACCUUCGGCGAGCGCUGUCAGCACCAACCGGUCCUCGUACUCCUUCCGCCCGGGCUCACUCGCAUGAGGCUGCGAUAACGAGAGGCAGCGCAUGCCCGACGAAGUUCGGUAUGAAUACAGAAGGUGGAACGCGACAAGGGAGAAGAUGACGUUGCGCAGGCGUGUCCUGGCCGGACUCCGCCGAACGAUUCUAGCAGCCGGUGUUCUGGUCCUUCUGAUUUUAGCCCUAUCGAGUCAAGAUCGCUCGAGCACCGGUAGUGGCAAUGGGCUCCGGCAGCCCAUCGCCUCCGAGGACGAUACUGCAAUGUCUCUGGAGGAACGACUAAUGGAGCAAAGUAGAUUAAUAGAAGCUGAGAUGCGAAUGUCGGAGAGACGAAAAUAUUUAUCUGAAAGGUGUUCAGAGGAGAGCCUCGAUAAGCCUGGAAAUGAUUCUCUUCAUCGACCAAACGCUUGGGAGUUUCUUGUCAACAGAGAUCAUCACCUUAUUUGGUGUAAUGUUUUUAAAGCAGCAUCGACUUCAUGGAUGUACAAUUUCAAUUUACUUGCUGGCUACAGCUCGCAGUUUCUGAAAUCAUCCAAGGCGGUGCCGGUAUCACUGGCUCGUCAAAAAUACCCCCGGCCGACCGCUGAGGAGCUCGCCAAGUUCCUAAACGACAGCAUCAGCUUCCUCAUAGUCAGGCAUCCGUUCGAGCGUCUCCUCAGCGCCUACAGGGACAAGCUGGAGCACAGCCUGCCGCAUACCUUCCACAGCAAGCUCGGAUCUUACAUUGUCUCGCAUUAUCGAACCAAGAGUCCUAAAUCAGGCGGUAAACGAGGUCCAAGAUAUCCUCUGUUUGAGGAAUUUAUAAAAUGGCUUUUAUGCGAAUGGAAAGUCGGAAAUGAACUGGACAUGCACUGGACACCAAUUGUCAAUUUUUGUACACCGUGCCAAGUACGAUUCGACGUUAUAGCGAAAUUUGAAACACUUCAUGAUGACCAAAAUUACCUCAUAAAACAAGCUCACGUGGGUCAUAUAAUUAAGCCCGAAUGGAAGAAUCCAAGUCGGGGCGUCCAAACAAAAGACGUUAUCAAGCAAUAUUUUUCACAACUUUCAAAAACACAAAUUAAAGACCUUUAUGAAAUGUUCAGGUAUGACUUCAUUCUAUUUGAUUACUCACUAAUCGAGUAUAUUGAAAAUGGACGGGAUGAAGUAACGAAAUUAGAAUGUAAGAAAUAAAUUGCCGCCCUUCUAAUAUCCUCGUUUUUAUGCUUAAUAUAUCUUAGUAAAUAUAUACAUU